CCUCAUGCCCGCCUCUUAAUUGGCUAACCCGAAUGUGGUAGGCGGAGCUGCAACAAAAAGCACGGGGACAAUAUAUAACCGAGCUGCAAAAAUGAAUCGAUUAAAAUAUGUCAUGUUAAUAUUCUAGGAAGAACACUACACAUUAACUUUGGAAUUACUGCGCCUUGUUUGACAGUUCCCGUUGUGGGCUUUUGUACGUGGACGAAAACAACAAUUAUCUUCUUGUGGCAGAAGUUAUAUUUUCUUAAUUUUUUUCAUUCAAUUGUCAUUUGACAACAUGAGGACGUUAAUAUUGCUUGUUCUGUUUCAAAUGACGACUGUUGCCUUGGUGAGAGCUGGCUGCCCAGUGAUGUGUGAGUGCCCGGGUGGACCCCCCUCCUGUCCCCCGGGGGUCAGCUCUGUACCUGGCGGCUGUGGCUGCUGUAAGGUGUGUGCUGCCCAGCUCAACCAGGACUGCCACGACUCACACCCCUGUGACCACCACAAGGGGCUGGAGUGUAACUAUGGCAAUGACGUGGGCCACACUCAUGGCAUCUGCAGGGCGAAGCUUGAGGGUCGCCCCUGCGAAUACAACGGACGGAUCUACCAGAACGGGGAGAAUUUCCAGGCUGGCUGCAAGCACCAGUGUACGUGCAUUGAUGGGGCAGUGGGCUGCGUGCCUCUGUGCCCCAGCCACGUGCCUCUGGCAUCACCCUCCUGCCCUGCCCCUCGCAUGGUCAAUGUGCCUGGGCAGUGCUGCCUCAGUAUCGACUGCCACAAGGGCUCAUCCGUUGUACCCCCAGUACACGGGCACCCACUGCCUCCAGCCUACCCGCCAUUCCCCUUCAUGCCCCACCCUGCCUACCCCUACAAGCCAUACCACUACAAACCCAAGGAUACCAUGGGAAACGAGCUGGUGGAGGUAGAGAAGACAUGGGACAAGCUGCGCAGGCACAAGCACCUGGCGGCAUGGAGGCAGUUUGGAGGGCAGUGUGUGGUCCAGACCACGAGCUGGUCCCAAUGCUCACGCAGCUGUGGGAUGGCCGUGUCCUCUCGUGUCACCAAUGACAACGCCCAGUGUAAGCUAGUGAAGGAGACGCGUCUGUGCAACAUCCGGCCCUGCAGCUCCAUGUCCAUCCCCAUCAAGAAAGGGAGGAAGUGCUCCCGUACCCACAAGGCCCCAGAGCCCCUGCGUCUGUCCUAUGCUGGCUGCCGCAGCACGCGUCUCUACCGGCCCAACUACUGCGGCGUGUGUGUGGACGGCCGCUGCUGCUCGCCCCGCCGCACACGCACUGCCUCCGUGACCUUUGCCUGCCCUGAUGGCGAGCGCUUCGACCACUCCGUCAUGUUCGUGCAGUCGUGCAAGUGCAGUAAUAAGUGCAGUCAUCUGAACGAGGUUGCCCUCCCGCCCCAGCAUUGGCUCUACGGAGACACACACAAGUUCACCGACUAGCAUCCCCCUCAAAUCCCUCACUCGCUCCCAAUCACUUUACACCCCCCUACCAAGCCCCUGAUAGAGUAGUAGUCCUAAGAGUAUCUUUGAGUAGACACUAGCCAGAUGCAAAGAUCCCCCACCACCCUCCUGGAGCAUGUUUUGGGAGGCCUGGGUGAAGGAAUUUGAUUAGUUGAUCUGCAUUCUGGACAGAGAUGAGUGACUAGUGCCGGCCUUAGAGUAGACACCCGGUCCUUUGAGGUUCAUCAACCGGAAUCACCAAAGUGUGUAAAUAGACAAAUAUGGAUUUGCCCAGUCACUAUUUUGUCACUCCCCAUGCACUCCUGUACUCUGGGACAGAACCCACACUUUGGGGACAAUAGAGAAAGGUGGGACACACCCAAUGCAGACUCCAACCCAGCUGCUGCACACACACCCAGUAGACUUGUGGACGUAGGAUGGUAAGGUGUUUCAUUUCAUGGUGAUGGCCAGCAUAGUAGGCCUGUCAAUGGCAAGCAGGUCUGGUUUGACUGGAAGGAGAAUCAGACUUGCAUAGAAACAGUGACUUCUCCAGUAGAUUUCCAAUACCUGCUAUUUGCGUAACCAAAUGAAGACACUAAAAUAAUGUUUUUGUGGGACAGAAGAUGGACACUCCACAGAAUGCUCUAGAAGGGACAUUUUUGUAUUUGUAAUGAUAUUUAUUGUUGUGACAGAGACGAUGACGCAGUGGUUGCCAAUGAGAGAAGCGAUGCUGCUGUUUGGAGCGGCAUGACCGGAGGGCCCUGAGAGAGACAAAACAGCUGAGAUCUGUCAGCAGAGAGAGGGGAGAUCCAUGAGGUCUGGGACUUGACCCCUGGUCUCACCAGUGUUCACUGUCAAACAGCCACAUUACCUGAGCAAUAGUGGACGAAGACAACUCUCCAAGGAGAGAUGUUAUGGUUAGAGACAGACUGGCGCAGAAGCUGUUGGCUGAGGCUUUGUGUGUGUGUGAUAGGUCAUUAGAUGUUGGACCAGUCCCCAUUUUCUUACUCCUCCAUGCCUCAGCCCUGAAACAGUGAGACAUUUAACCUAGCGCCAGCGGAACAAGCCUCGGAUUCUGGCAUUGAGAAGUCGUGUUGCUGAUUUGAAGCAAAUUACAAUCCUGACGGAGGGGUAGAAAGAACCUCAGCCAGCCUCUGGUUUGUUAUAAAAAUAAAAAUGCAUGCAUAUGAAGUAAACAUGUAAUUUGUAACUAGCGGGCGGGACCGUUUCACUCAAUCUGGCCUGUAAUAUAGCAACUGAAUCACAAUACUCCACAUUUGCACCAAUUUUGUGAGUCGCUCUGGAUAAGAGCGUCUGCUAAAUGACUUAAAUGUAAAUGUAAUGUAAAACAAAACUCAUGUUGCUUUAUGUUUGAGGUGUCAAAAUCUGCUCUCUGCCAUUGAAGGUUGACAUGUCGACGAUAUCAUGCUCAUUAGAGACUGAAGCGGACAUGAGGACACUACAAAGGGGUCAGCACUACAUGAUUACAAAUGGCCUCCUUUGCAUAGACAUGUCAGUCUGUUAUAGCACAAGUUGUUUGAAGUUGAGGUUAAGAUUCUGUAUUGGUGAGACAUGGACCUCUUUAGAAUUACUAAAAUGCCAAAUUCUUCCCUAUUUUGGAAGGGUUGAUAAUUCAUGCACCUUAACCUUGUUCAUGACUGAAUCUGAGUGGUGUAUCUUAGAAUAAAAUAUGUAAUUCACUUGCUUUUCCCUCUUGACUCCAUGAAAAGUAUUAGAGGAUUCAAAUAUUGAAGCCCAUAUUACAUUAGUCCAUGAGUGUUAUUUUUUAUGACUCAACUUUUUGUACAACUUCUAGGUUGGGACAGGCAAUCAUAGUAGCCUCACACAGCCUGUUAGGUGAUAGACUUUGUAAGAUAAAAAUGGACGUUCUGAAUGGUUAGACACUGCCAUCACGCUUACCUAUGUAGAUUGUGAUUUGAGAAGUCUUUGGUUUUAUAAAACGACACUAUAGAGCAGCCAUAUACAGACCAAUCCAUUUGAGUUAUAACUUAACCAAUUAACCAGUCCAUGUAUAGCUAGCACUGAGCAAGUCUGGGCUCUGAUGUGGGCACAGCACACACUGCCAUUUCCAAUCUCUGCGCUUUAUUGAGCAAGUGAUUGAAAACUUGUGUAAAAGCAUAUCUGGUUGUUUUGUCCUAACUUCGAUUUACAGGCUAAUUGAGUUCAUGCUGCAUUUGGAAUAAAGUAUGUUGAUGUAUUACCUAAUGAACAAGUGCACCCUUUCAGUUCCGCCUAGAGUACCGCUACAACCGGAAGUGAAUUUCGUAGCAGGUUGGGAGCUUUAGGUUAAGCUAAAAAUAUUUUUUUAAAUCCUAAACCGCUACAAAAGUCACGCCUGCACUCCUAGCUCUGUCGGCCUUCUCUCUACAGUUCUCAGCAUCGCCCACGACUGGGUCAUGUGAACUACAAACCCGACGUGGAGUUUCACCGUUAAGAAACGUCUGUUUGCGAUACAGCUUUCGAAAAAUAAGGCCCUCAUAUUUAAUCAGCGAGAAAUAAUUCUAAUAAGACUGUAUAGCAGUGUCACAGAUCUAUACAGGUGCCUCUGACAAAGCUACU